AUGGACACUACAGGGAAUUCUCCAGGCUUAAAACCUGGGGAAUGUGAGUCCAUUUUGGAUAUUACGCGCACCGCAAUCGCCAACGGUCAUGUGGACCUUGUGCAGCGCCAGUUCAACAAACUUGUGGACCGUGUGAUAGACCUUUCAACGAGAAUUAUUGAGGCAACCAGUAGUGCAAUGGAAGACAGAGAAGUGACGUUUGUACGGCAUGUUGACCCGCUGAUUUGUCCGUCCGGUAUGUUAGCGAGGGCCUCAAGCACUACUCAUCCGCGCGAAGGUAGUAGCAGCCGAGGAAGUAGCGUAAGAAGUUCCGUGGGGCAUUUGGGCAAACCACGAGGGAGCCUCGUGUCCAAUGGUGCCUUUGGGCGGCGGGAGUGGAGUUUGCCCCUUUCGGACAAUGGUAGCGGUAAUGGCAAUAAAAACUCUGUACUGAAACGGAGACUGAGUACUGUCUCUAAAGACGGCUCUGUUGGGAGUAGCCAACGACGAAUGUCCAUAGGUGCUGACCUUAGGCGGAGAUCUAGCGUUUCGCAUUUGGCGAGGAGGGAAACGUACAGCACUGACGAGUUUGGCAUCAGCCAUAACACUUGCCCAGGGAGGCUACAAAGUAGUGCAACCGGUAUCGGCGUGUGCAGCGAGGAGAGGCAUGAUGGUCCACCUCCUGUUACUGAAGAGGAGUUAACGGAUGAGGAAGUUAAGGCAACGCUAGCGGUAUUGGAAGAAGGGCAUCCUUCCCUUCAAACGUACUACGAGCUGUUGCAUGUGCACUCAUGUAAAGAUGCACUUCAUUGUGUAACGGAGGCUCAUACGAAGGGAGCACUUAUCAUAAGUUCACAGGCAAAACCAGAAAACGUACGUGACGUGCAAGAAGAACCGCAGGAGCAUUCGUUGUCUAACUUCUCCGUGUGUUUCGUUAGCGCGUUGUUCAGCCAUUAUUCGGAUCGCUGUGGUAAAUCACAGGGCGCCUCGUUUGAUAACCAUCGGGAAACAACUGUAAAGCUGGAGAGUGCGGAAGAGAACUCACUGGGCGGCUCAAAAGGGGGUUCAACGGAAGAAGCGGGAAAUAUUUUUAUAUGCACAAAUGCGUUCUUUCAAAAGCAACCAAGCCCGGGAAAGCAAACAGCACGACCUUUAACUCAUUUGGUGCGGGAAGUGACAACCACACCGAAGGAGUCGCUUAAUUCGUCUGAGAGUUCGGUUGAUGGAAAAGGAAACCCCAGUGAGAAAAAUGGUGGCCCCACCAACUUCGUACCUGUAGAGUGGCAUCCUGCUCGCUCCGCUGAGCUUGCGUUGCGCAAUGAUUCUAUCGUUAUGCCAAGGACAAAUGAGCGUCGCGACGUAAUCAAGGUUAGUAAUGAAUGCGGUAGUGAAUGGUGUACUAAUGGAGACUCGACACCUGGUGGUAACGCCUUUGUUGUGAAUUGUACCGCUUCCACAUAUGCACUCUUCACUGGACUUCCACUUCUAUCUUCUUCGGGGAUUUCCGGUAGUGGUGCCGAUGCGAACUGCUGUAUUGCUGCUACCGAAACUGCAGUACCUAUGGCGGCAGUUGAAUCUUCCCUCGAGGGGGGUGACAGCAGCGCCAGCACUACUCAUACCGGAAAAAGUGGUGUUUUGGGUUGUGAAACUGCGCGCGAACUUAGUGGGAGUCGCCUGACUAUAGAACUGCGCAUCACGAAGUCGCCAUCAUUACAAAGGUAA